AUUACCCUGCAGAAAUAGAGAGUCAAAUCAGAAGAACGAAGUGUGCCCUAAAGGCAGCUGAUCAGCAACAGAUUUGAGGCAUGGAGUCGAAAUAUUUACAUCUUUCUAACAUCGUCUUACUGAUUAUUACCGUGCCACAGAUAUGCAAAGCACAAAAUGACAUCACGUUAUCCGUGUUCACCGUCACCUCUAAAAGUAUGACGGUCCGCUGGAGCGGACACACCGGGGCGAGCUCGUACAAAAUCACCGCUACGCCAAAAAACUCCCCAGAACCGUCGGUUUUCGCGCAGUUCAGCGGCAGCACGGUGAUGGGCUCCGUUAACUCGUUGUCACCGAACACUGUGUACAGGAUGCGGGUAGAAGCCAUGGACAACGCGGUGAACGUGCUCAGCAGCGCCGAAACGGAGGAGACAACAGCUCCUGAGGUUCCGCUCAUACACCAGGCUUACUCCAAACACAGUGACAGCAUCACAGUGGAGUUUGGUGUGGUGUCUGGUGCCACCAGCUACAUCAUCCGGGCAGAGAACGAGGAUGGGUUCUUCUCUGAAAGCCUUGUGGACACUUCCCCUGGGACAGUGGUCGGUCUGCUGCCUUACACCCAAUACACCCUCAGCGUGAUGUCUGUCAACACUGGAGGCAGGAGUCAGCCUUCCCUACCUGUGAACGCUAGGACAGUGAUGGUAGCCCCAGAUAUGAUUUCCAGCUCCCCUAGCAGUGACAUCAUCAUUAUAGAGUGGAAUCCAGUGGACCAUGCUGUGCUAUACAGCCUGGUCAUGACCAUGGAGGGCUCAGACAUGCGGGUCAGACUCAACACUUCUGAGACCAACGUGACCUUCACUGACCUUCAGCCUGGCACCACCUACAGCAUCAAGGGCAAUGCCUGGGAUUCAGAUGGUAACCAAGGAGAUGUCAUCACCAUCUACCAAAUCACGCGUCCUCCUGUCCCGGGAGAUGUGCAGGUUCAGUUGACGCCGGGUCGCUCGAUCGAUCUGGCGGUGUUCUGGCAGAUAGUCCGUGGUGCCGACACGUACACUGCUGUGAGCUCAAUGGGCCAGAACUGCAGCUCCUCCUUAGAUGCCUACUGCAUAAUCAGUCCCCUCAGCUGCAGCCAGAACCACACCAUCACGGUCACAGCGGAGAACGAGGCCGGACCCAGUGAACCUUCAGCUCCACAGGACCUUCUCACCUUCCCAUGUCCUCCUGAGCUGGUGUGGAUCGAGGAGCCGACCAUAGGGAACUGCUCCGUCACAUGGUCUGAGGUACAGUGGGUGGAUUACUAUAUCUCCUAUAUAAAAAGAGAUGACGGCUUAGAGGAAAACUGCAACACCACUGGCACCACCUGCUACUUCCAAUGCAUAUGUGGAUACACGUACCUCUCAACCGUGUUCGCUUACAACCUGGCCGGGACCAGUCCACCGGGUCAAAUAGUCAACUAUACUACAAUCCCCUGCUGUCCAGACGAUUUGUCAGUGUCCCUGAUUUCCACUGAGACUUUAAAGAUCUCGUGGUCUCCAGUUCGAGGAGCUGAGAUGUACGAGACGAUCGCUGCAGACGGAAGCGAAUGGAUUCAUUGCAACGACACGGCUCCUGUGUGCGCGCUCUCUGAUCUCACCUGCGACAGCAUGUACAGUGUGGUGGUGCGGCCCUGCAGUGAGACACAAGGAUGCAAUAACACCUGUAGUGCACAUACACGUCGGACAGCUCCCUGUGCCCCUGUGAUGCUCAACGUGACUCAGGUGGGCUCUUCCACAAUGGAGGUGUUCUGGAUUGCAACAAACACUGAGGCUAACUACAGCGUGACCGCCAUGGGUCUCAGCGACUCGCUCACCUGCUCAUCCAGCGGCACUUCCUGCUACAUCAGUGUGUCCUGUGGAUCCACAUAUGAGGUCAGCGCCUACGCCACAACCACAGCCGGACAGAGUCUUCCCAGCUACUCCAUUCCUCUGGAAACAGGACCCUGCUGUCCGGAAACUCUGAGUGUUGAACAGGUGACCCAGUCUAUGACGAAUGUCACCUGGUCGACUGCCACAGGGGCGCGGUCCUAUGUAACAUCUUUGACAUCCCCCAGAGGUCACGCCAGAUGUCACACCAUGGACACCCACUGCCUGCUGGGAUGCAUCACAUGUGGAGCAAGCUACAAUGUGUCGCUGGAGGCCUUCAGCAUUACUGGACAUAAAUCAGAGUGCAAUUAUCAAGGUUUCUCUGCAAGCGCAUGUUGUCCGUCCAGUGUGAGACUCUACCAGAUGGAAAACAACACUCUUCGGGUGUACUGGCGCUCUGCUCCUGGCCUGUACAACUACACAGCAGACCUGUACGGUACCAGAUCCAACUACACAUGCACCACGACAAACGGGGCUCACGGAUGUGACAUCUCUGAGAUCCUGUGUGGGGAAGUGUACACCGUUGUGAUCGCUCCCUUAACACGGGAGGGUUCGAAGGUCACAUACUGCCCAAGAAGACUCUACUCAGUAUCUUGUUCUGGAAACACUGUGGGAAUGGUGAUCUAUCGAGGCCGGAGGAGUGUGGACUAAAACCCUAUUGACACAGAUGAAAGAAGCAGGAGGUCUGACGUCAUCAACAGAGACAACAGGGCAUCCUCUUCUCAGUGUUUUCAUCUCACCACAUUUAUAUACUGUUUGCCAGGAAUACUUAUAACAACUGGGUCAAUGAAAACGUCUGUGUAUCUUUAAAAUCUUUAAAACGUGAAAACAAAAAUAUAUAUUUUUCAAUCAUAUUGUUAACCAUUUCUAAAUGUGUGAUAUUGUAUGCAUACAUUUCCUUUGUAUUAUAAAGCUUGCAUUUAUACUGUAAUAUUCUCAUAUUCAAAUUAUGUAAUGAAGUCAAAAAAAGAAUAAGUAAUAUCAUAAUUUCACAAGAAAAAUGUCUAAGCAUUUGUAGGAAUUCCCCUAAGCAGCAAGCCUCCAACUGAGUGGACCGGUGUGUUUUAUACAGGGUGGACCUCUUCUGAACUAGGAUGAGAAAUUUGAACAUCACACAUUUCAUGUUCAGUGUCCGCCCCAGGUCAUGCUUGUCCUUUGGAUGAUAUAUUACACUGAAUUUGCAAAAUAUGUAUGUUUACUAAUGGCCUACUAAUAGCC